AGUUCGUAAACAAGAUUUGAAGAUUUUCUUUGCAUAUUGGCAGAAAAGCAAUUUCAAAGUUGUGUGUCACUCAAGUUUUAUUUAUGGUUUUUCACAAUAAGUAUCAUAUCUUUAUGUUUCUUCUCAACAACAUGGUGCAGUGAUUAUUUCUGUAGAGCUAUUUUUCCAGUUGUCAUCGUCAUCCAGAGCUAGAUAGUCAUUAGAUCAUUUUGCUCAAAAUGUCGAAAAUGUCAGGAACUUAUUAUUUUGUGAUAGUAGGUCACAAUGAUUAUCCACUCUUUGAAAUGGAUUUCGUCCCUUCAAGUAAAGACUUCAAGAAAGAAGACCACAGUCAUCUAAAUCAGUUUAUUGCUCAUGCAGCUCUUGAUCUCGUGGAUGAACACAUGUGGAAGACAAACAACAUGUAUCUCAAAUCUGUUGAUAAAUUUAAUCAGUGGUACGUUUCUGCUUUUGUGACUGCCAGUCACAUGAGAUUUCUCAUGGUGCAUGAUGUCAAAAAUGAGGAUGGCAUCAAAAAUUUCUUCAACGAAAUCUAUGAAAUGUUCAUCAAGUAUUCAAUGAAUCCUUUUUACAAAUUCAACUCGCCCAUUAGAUGCCCAUCAUUUGAAAGGAAAACUCAAUUCUACGGCUGUAAAUAUCUGGUGAAUUAAUCUCAGAACUUUUGAGAGGAAAAUGACAAGAAGCGCCUGCGUCCUCACUUCGCGUGUCAAUGCCGGGUCCAAACCAUGCGCGUCCUUGCCGUGCCCCAACCAUGCGCGUGCACGCUGAAUAGCUACUCCUCAAAGGGAAACUAGACUGCGCGGGCACUCUCACGUCGGUUCUUGGAGUUGAAUUACACAGUAUAGAGUUCGCAACAUCUAGUUUUUAAUGGGAGUUACUGUGAACUUAUUAUUUGUAUCAGCAAUGAUCAUGGAUCAAGGGUGUUAAAAGAUUAAGAUUUUAACAUACUAGCUGUCAACACGUUUAUUCUAUUAUUGUUAAUAUUCUUUCAUAAUUUUCCUUAGUUUAAUUUAAAGCUACUGUGAUAUAUUCAUUAUGAAUUAUGUGUUUAUUUCUCAAAAAUAAAAUCUCAAAAAUUAAAAAUGGUGUAAAAGUGAGGAACUCAUUUUGAAACCAUGCAUAUUAAAAAACUA